GCCUGCUAGCAGGCAGCAUUAUUGUUAUAAAAUUAAUGUUAUUAUUUAGAUAUUACGUACUGACAUAAUGAAGGAAAGUGAACGGGAAAGUGAAUAUCAAAAGGUGCCGACCAGAGAACUUAUUAAUGAUAAUAUUCCAGAGAUACCUCUGUCUUACGGUUAUGGAAUUAGACAUGUACAAGUUGCACUGUUACUGCUCAGCUUGACAGUGGCUUAUACGGCACGAGCACAUAUGGGUCUAACUGUAGUUGCCAUGUCUAAAACACCACGUAAUGCCAUUAAUAAUUCUAGUGGUUUCAUAAAUGAAAGGAUUUACAAUAAUACAGUUGAUAUCAGUGACGUGAAAGAAGAAAACAAUAAUGGAACAAACUCAUUGGAAUCUGAAAUAAAUGGAACUAUUUCAAAACUAAGCAAGGACAAUGAAACAUCUGAAAGUAUUUGGGAUGUUUAUAUGACUUAUGAAUGGCCAAAAUCAAUUCAAGAGUUGAUUUUAGACUCAUUUUUCUUAGGUUACUUUCUCAUGAUGUUUCCUAUGGGAAUGGUUGCCCAACGUUUUGGAGGGAAGAUACCUCUGCAAGUAUGCAUGCUAGUUAACGGAGUAGUUUCCCUUAUGACUCCUUCAGUGGCUGCAUGGGGAGGAUGGAAAGCAGUAUGCUCCUGCCGGGUGAUACAAGGACUAAGUCAAGCAGGAGUGUACCCUAGCAUACAGACUGUACUAUCUAAAUGGGCGCCAGCGAGUGAACGAGGCAGAUUUGCCAGCUAUAUAUAUUCAGGUUCGACAAUAGGCACAGUUAUAGCAUUCCAAUCAAGUGGAGCAUUAUCAUCUAGUAAGGCGGGAUGGCCUGCCACGUUUUGGUUUUUCGGAUCCGUGUGCAUUGCGGCUUUUAUACUCCUAACUAUGUUUUCUGCUAAUUCCCCAACCGAACACAAAAAUAUAAGUGAAGAAGAGAAAACCUUCAUUUUAGGAAGAAUUGAUGAUGGUAUAAAAAAGAGGAUGACAAUUCCAUGGAAGCAUAUUCUGACUUCAAAGCACGUUUGGGGAGCAUUUGCAGCACACGUAGCUUCUGGAGUCUGUUUCGUCUUUUUCUUGACUCAAACACCGGCUUACAUGUUCUACAUACUCGGUUUUAACAUUAAAAACAGCGGCAUUUUGUCAUCCUUACCCUAUAUCGCAAGUAUUAUCUUAUCUGUAGUCUACGGGGUAGUGUCCGACUAUUGUACCAACAGAGGCAUCGUUACUUUAAAGACAGCAAGGAUCGCAUCCAACAGUAUUGCACAAAUCGGACCAGCACUUUGCCUUGUGGCAGUGUCGUUCACUGAAAACAGUACAUUCGCCGUUAUUUUGCUUGUUCUUGGAGUUGGACUGCUUGCCGGUGUCCACGUCGGUUGGAUGUUGAACUACAUAGACCUAUCUCCAAACUUCAGUGGAUCACUAAUGGCACUAGGAAACACACUGACAUCGUUCGCUUCUCUCUCGCAGCCAAUAUUAAUCUCAAACAUCGUCACCGACGUGAAAAACCGCUUUCAGUGGCGUAUUAUGAUGUUUCUUAUGGCUACUAUCAUCUUCAUUACUAACGGAGUGUUUGCUUGGUUUAUGUCAACGGAAAUUCAGCCUUGGGACCAAAUUGAUUCCAAAGAAACCAGUGACACGGAAAAAAAUAAUCAAUAAUUAUUAAUAAAAUCGGUAUAUAAAGGCA